GGAGGUUCUAGGGUGUUGGGCCUCGCGGCAGCCGCCCCCUUCCCUUCCGUGGUCACGUUGGAGGCCGCGCCGUGGCCUUGGCAUCGGGCCGCAGCCUCGUCCGCCGCCCACUGCUUUCCCGACCAUGGAUCCCCGCAAGGUGAACGAGCUCCGGGCCUUCGUGAACAUGUGCAAGCAGGACCCGAGCGUCCUGCACAGCGAGGAAAUGCGCUUCCUGCGGGAGUGGGUGGAGAGCAUGGGAGGUAAAGUGCCACCUGCAACUCAUAAAGCUAAAUCAGAAGAAAAUACUAAGGAAGAAAAAACAGACAGCAAAACAGAGGAAAACAUAAAGACAGAGGAGCCAUCCAGUGAGGAGAGCGAUCUAGAAAUCGAUAAUGAAGGUGUAAUUAAACCAGACACUGAUGCCCCUCAAGAAAUGGGAGAUGAAAAUGUAGAGAUAACUGAGGAGAUGAUGGAUCAAGCAAAUGAAAAGAAAGGGGCUGCUAUUGAAGCCCUAAAUGAUGGUGAGCUUCAGAAAGCCAUUGACUUGUUCACAGAUGCCAUCAAGCUAAACCCUCGCUUGGCCAUUCUGUAUGCCAAGAGAGCCAGUGUUUUCGUCAAGUUACAGAAGCCAAAUGCUGCCAUUCGAGACUGUGACAGAGCCAUUGAAAUCAAUCCUGAUUCUGCUCAGCCUUACAAGUGGCGAGGGAAAGCACACAGACUUCUGGGACAUUGGGAAGAAGCAGCUCAUGAUCUUGCCCUUGCCUGUAAGCUGGACUAUGAUGAAGAUGCCAGUGCAAUGCUGAAGGAAGUUCAACCGAGGGCUCAGAAAAUUGCUGAACAUCGGAGAAAGUAUGAGCGAAAACGUGAAGAGAGAGAGAUAAAAGAAAGAAUAGAAAGGGUUAAGAAGGCUCGAGAAGAGCAUGAGAGAGCCCAAAGGGAGGAAGAAGCCAGACGACAAUCUGGAGCUCAGUAUGGCUCAUUUCCAGGUGGCUUUCCUGGUGGAAUGCCUGGAAAUUUUCCUGGAGGAAUGCCUGGAAUGGGAGGGGGCAUGCCUGGAAUGGCAGGGAUGCCUGGACUUAAUGAAAUUCUUAGUGAUCCAGAGGUUCUUGCUGCAAUGCAGGAUCCAGAAGUUAUGGUGGCCUUCCAGGAUGUGGCCCAGAACCCAGCAAAUAUGUCAAAAUAUCAGAGCAACCCAAAGGUUAUGAAUCUCAUCAGUAAAUUGUCAGCCAAAUUUGGAGGUCAAGCCUAAAGCUCAUUUGCAAAAGCCCUUGCUGGAGGAAAAACAACCUAGAUCACUUAAUGGAUGUCGCAAUAACACAAACCAGUGUACCUCUGACCUUCUUGUCAGGAGAGCUGGGGUGCUUUGAAGAAAUUCCCUACCCUUUGUACCAAAUGCAGCUGAAGCAUUUUACAAUGAUUUGCCAUUAGGGUAUUCAUGCAGAUAAUGUUUUCCUAGGAGGAAUUACAAACUUUAAACACUUUUUAAACCUUAAAAUAUUAAAACAAAUUUAAAGGGUGUUAAUUCCUACAUUUCUCUUUACUAAUAAUCCUUUUGAGUUUUUACUUUGAAUUACUGGGCAAGGAAGAUGAGUAUGGGCGAUUUAUUGCUCUAAUGUGAAUAAAAUAAAGGGUUUUUUUUUAGUGGGAAGCCAAACUCAAUUAAGUAGAUUGAGCUUGAGUUGGACAUAUGGUUACUGAAACAUUGUGAUUUGUCUUUUUGAAUGUUUGUGAAAAAUGAUUUAUUUCAAUAAAACUAUUGGGACCACCAGUAUUUUGAUAUGAUCUGGGUAGGGACUGGAAAUAAAUGACAGGGCAGCAGCAAUCUUACUAUCUUACUUGACAGAAGCCCUUGUGUGGGUAACAUUUAAAUCCUACACUGUGUUGAUGGGGUAAUGUUUUUUGUCAUGUUGCUGUGGAGUGGAUUACUUAGCUCUGUUAUUGUCCAGUAUAUCAAAUAAAUGUUUCAUAUCAUUUCCAUGCAGAAAAAAUGAGGGAGUUCUAUUCUUUUUAUAUUUGUUCCUAUUUUUUCCCUUUGAUCUUCAGCUAAAGAUGUUUUUUUUUUUCAUUAGUAUCAUCACUGUUACCAUUAUUUGCAGCAUUAUUGUGGAAGCAUACUUAAUGCUAGGUUUAAUUUAAUAUGUAAUGCUUAUGAUGACUGUACGGUAAUACCCAUAACAGCUGUGGUUUCUUACUUGACCAUGAGAUUGCUUAUUUAAUAUUCAACAUUUGCCGGUUGCUGUGGUGCAUGCCUGUAGGGUAUUGCUGAAGAGGCGGAGGAAGGAGGAUCAGGAGUUUGAGGCCAGCCUGGGCUACACAUUAAAAAAUACAUAUAUUCAACUUUCACUCAUGAGAGAUCUUGCUAUAUCAAGACAUUGUACAUGCGAGGUUCCCUUUGGUAAUAGGUAUACUUGAGAAAUACCUAUUGCAAUUAGAGUUUAUCUUGUACUUUGUAAUUUGAAGAGUUGAUAUAUUUAGUAUGUAUGUAAGGAAUUAACAGCUUGAUCCAACAUGGACUAUAAGGUAGAUGAGAGCCCUGGUUAUUCAUUUUGGAGUAAUUGGUACAAUGAAAGUCAUUAUCUUGUUUAGCUCUUAACAUGCUGCAACUAUACCUCCACCUCUGCUUUUUCUAUCCUGUAUUGAUAAAGAAAAUGAUCUAAAUUCUAAACACAUUUCUGAAGUCAUCUUCAUAUUCUAACUUGUAUACAUCAAGUAAAUGUAUCUGUUACAUAAAUAAGAAAAAGCUGUGUGCUAAUGGGGCAUGUUUUAAGAACCUUUAAAAACUCACCAUAUAUACUUGGAUUUGAACUGGCCGAUGUUAUUUUUUGUUUGUGUGUGUGUGUGUGUGUGUGUGUGUAAAAUUUUUUGGUGUAUGCUCUUAAGACAACUCUGACCAGCUGAACCAUAUGUGACCUAGUUAUAUUCUAAUAUUGCAAAGAUUAUCAUAAGUGGGUAAAUUGGCUCUUCUGAAAAUGUUCUGUGCUUUUAGACUUCUAAGUUACACAAAUAGAAAGUAUAGUCUUCACUUUCAUAAAAAGUCAUAUCAUUUUUAAGUCAAAAAGAAUUUGCGCUAAAGAUAUAAGAAAGUAAAGGAGUUUUCUGCUUAAAAAUAAUAUAGUUACUGAAUAUUUCUAAGUAUGCCAAAAAUAAAAUACGGUUUCAAACUGGA